AUGACAACAAAGCCUCUUCAAGUCGGCAUUCUCUUAUUUAAAUCAUAUCAGCUUUUGGAUGCUACAGGACCCCUUGAUUUGUUAACUAUGUUAACUCCUGAAUACAUUCAAAAAGCCGGAGCUCCGCCAUCACUUGCAUCAAAAGCAGUACCAAUGAAUUUUCAUUAUAUUUCUGAUUCUCUCGAUCCAGUUGCUCCUGCUGCAGGACCUUUACAAUUACCAACAUGCACUUAUACAACAUGUCCAUCUCUCGAUCUUUUCCUUCUACCAGGUCCACCACCUGAUGUUGAAUUUGCACCAGAAUUAAUUCAGUUUAUUCAAAAACAUGUUCAAGAAGCAGAUAUUGUAAUGAGUAUCUGCACUGGUUCAAUCGUUCUCGCUGCUGCUGGUGUUCUCAAUGGUAAAAAAGCUUCAACAAAUAAGAAUGUUCAUAAAUUUGCUAUUCAAAAUUUUCCUCAAACUCAAUGGACAGAAAAAGGACGAUGGAUUGUCUGUGAUAAAUUUUGGACGAGCAGUGGUGUUACUGCAGGGAUGGAUAUGAUGGCUGCCUUUUUGAUGUCACGUUAUGACCAAGAAUUAGUCAAAUGGACAUACCAAUUGUCUGAAUUUGUUCCUAAACAACAAGAUGACGAUCCAUUUACGUGGAUUUUAGAGGAGGCUAAAAAUCAUAAUAAACUUGAAUUUCACUUCACUUAUCAACUUCACCAUCACUUUAAACGAAUAUCAAACAAGGGUGAGGUAAAUUAUCAAGUUGAACAAUUCAAUAUCAACUGUUCUCAAAUCCUAAUGAAUAUGACUAUAACCAUCACCAUCGUGCGCAACUACAAUGAAACUUAUGCCCAACAAUAUCAAACAUACUGGAAUUCUUCUACCGACAUGACCCAUGUGCAGAAACCGUUCAAUUUAACCUAUCACUGGUUUUCUAUAUCAAAUAUGUAUAUUACGCGAGAGACUUUUCCAAAUUUUAUCGAAGCACAAUUUUAUUAUUCAUCGAACUCGAUACGUGUGACCAACAAUGGCACAUGGGAAAUGUCAGCCCAAACCAUCUCUGGAGAACUGUUACAUUUUCGAGGAACUUUCUAA